AUGGCUCACAUCGAGCAUCAUGUCCCGCAGCGAGUUCCGAAGCUUGCGGUGAGGCAUCGCUCGUCGGAUGGCACUGCGCCCGAUGGAGCGUCCGUUUCAACAACUUCCAGCAACGACACGAGCGACCUCGCAAUAAUGCCAUGUUCUACUAAGUCUACGGAUGAACAGCUAUCGCGGCCAUCAACUGCCCAAACAACCAAAUCCGAUGUUCGAAGCUCUAAGUCAAAUCGCAUAUCCGCGACUCCCUCCCACUCGUCCGGAGGCCAGGGUAAAGAGAACAAGAAGAAGGGCAGCUCGGUGUUCGGCUUUCUCAGCUUAAAGGAGCCGUCGGCGAACGCUUUGGAGCAGUUCGCGGAGCUGCAGCGAAAACAGGCCGCAGAGCGCGGCGUCGCGAUGUCGGCUGGCACGUUGCCUGGUAUUUCGACCAGGAAGCUGCCACCGACUGUUCCCAAGGUCAACACGAAAUGGGACGGCCUUCCAGAAUCAGCCAAGCGUAAGGAGGCAGCAAAGGAUAAACGGUUCAGCGCGAGCGAUUCCAUUAAGUCCGGGAGUACGACCGCUUGGAGUGGCCCCUUUCUUGGUCAUGUUCGCUCCGCUGUCUAUUCAAGCCAGUCCUCUGGCAGUAGUAACAGCUCAAAUUCGCCGGCCUCUUCCAUUGAGUUUCCUAGUCUCAUGAACCGGACCGCCUCGAUUGCAGCAAGUUCAUCGAGCACUAGCAGUGAAAGGAGAGGCAUUAGCAAGCCACUUGUUCCUCCUUUGGUGAAGGAGGAUACGACUGUCAAACACAGACCUCUGCUGAAGACGCCUUCCCAGUCGAGUUUACCAGAGAUAUCUUAUUUCUUCCCGUCAACUCCUACAACGAAUGAGGACAGCUCAGUCCUCGCGACACCGCCUGAUAUGUCGCCACUGACGCCUGUUGAGCAUUCUAUACCACAAUUGCACCCCGAAAAGCAUAUACAGGUUUCACCAGCUGAAGCAUAUCACGCCCCAUUGGAUGACGCCGGUCUCACGAAAUGGCCCCAUUCCGCGGAUAGCAUCGUCAUCCAGCCACCCGGAUCCGAGACUACCAAAGCCCCGGAAGCACCGGUCACUACGAAAUCUAAAAAGUGGCUACGAGGUUUCCUCGCGGGAGAAGCGCAGCCUGUCCUUCUCAAAGGCGAGGCGCUUGACGAUGACGCAUCAAGCAUUGCAUCGACGAUAUUACAGCGGCCAGAAUCCAGCACUGGACCACCACCUCCCAUUCCUAUGCGAUUGAGGCCGUUGUCUACUCCUACAAGUCCAAGUCUGGAUACGGAUACAGCACCGCCACCAAUACCGCAGCGGAUAAGGCCCUUCCUGGGAUCGUUUCCGUCGAGCACCAUGUCAAGUGGCCCACUCACACCAGAAUCAGAUGCACGACCCGAUUCCUUCAAAGGCAUCUCGCUGGAUUCUUCUCGGGAUUCUUCUCUGGCUUCUACCAAUGAUAUCAGGCCGUCGUCAGCCGCGAGUUACUCCCGGCCGUCGUCAGCUGGCACGAUUAUGGCACCCACCGAGAGAGCCGAAACUGGGCCUAGCACCGACACCAGGAGUAUGCAUCGGCCACGGGACAGUAUGGACAUGAGAUCGCUCGCUUCAUCGGUAGCUCCGUCAGUGUUAUCCGCCCGAUGGUUCCAGUCCCCCAAGGAGCGACUUGGCUUGGGCGGCCGAAUAAAGAAACCGGAGUCUUUGCCAUGGGAGGAGCAGCACAGUCAUGCUCUUGCGCUGGACGCACUGGCUCCUGGACAGCCAACAGUAUGGCCUUCUGGGGAAGAGAAGAGGAAGAAGAAGGGCUUGUCGAUGUUUAGGAGCAGAGAGAUCGUCUAG